AUGGCGUCAUCCAGCUCAACAGACCGCUACUCCGCCUCCGCCAUCCAAAAUAUACAGGGAUGGAACAUCCACCAGGUCAACACUCCCGCACAGUACCUCGGCAGGAAGACCCUGCCAAUUAAGCGUACCGACGCAGAGCCGUUGACCCGGGAAGACCUUCAAUAUGACCUCCUCUACUACAUCUUCACCGACCGUACCAAGGCCUUCAUCGACUACCUCGCUCCCGACCAGCCCGUCGUGAAUUUCUGCGACCUCUAUGUCAACGCGCUCUACAACUCCCCCAAGUGCUCCAAGGUGUUGAAGGAUAAGAUGGUCGAGACACCCGCUUUUGCCAUCGAGUUCGCCAAGAUCGCUCUGCUCACGAACGUAGGCCGAAUCAACACCACGAUGGCGUUUUUCCCAGAGAUGAAGACUGCGCUGCGGAGCUAUCACCCGGUACCUUCGCUCCAGAAGACCGAUGGGAAUUUGCAAGACGCACCUCGGAUCAAGAACUGCCUCAAGGCCGCUCUCCUACCUUUUGAAUUCAAGACUCCUCCUCCGUCUUCCCCGGCUGAAAUCGUGGAGAAGACCCGGCAAGGCCAACUCCCCCCGACUAGCGUGGUCAACCUUAUCUUCGUGCUGUCCAACUCUAAUCACGCGAUGACGGUCGCCCAAAGGCACUUCGAUCCGCCCGUGGAAUUUUUAGAUCUGUUCCUCCCAAUCAAUCUGUCCUCGUCGUCCCGCGCCCGCGUAUUUUUGUGGCUCAUGUAUCACUAUCUACAAGGCCCUGACAAGCCGAACCCGUUCGACGACGACUACUCCAGGGCGAACCCACCCAAGGUGCCGCGCAUGCGGAGCCUCACGCGUGAGGAGCAGGCGCAGGAGAACGUCGAUCCCCCGGAUGAGGUCGAGUGGGGCAAGCGCAUGAGCGCGACGAGGAGCAAGUUUCUCAAGGAGCUUGUUGACGAGAUGGAGAUGGAGAAGCGGCGCAAGAAGAACCCCCCUCUUCCGGCGCCUCCCCCACCCUCAACGUCCUACUCGAUCCAGGAGAUGGCGGCGUUCCGGCAGGCCCGGGCGCAGAGGCAUGCCGCAUCAGAGGGAGGGUCCGGCAGCCGUGGCUCGUCGCAUUCUCAUGAGGCGCGCCCGCACGGUCAGCCUGGACCGGGCGAGUCAAGCUCCCGAGCUCUCCCUCACCUGGAGGAAUUUCGAGGCGACGUCUCGGGCGAGGACCCCAAUGCGGAGCGGAGCAUGCUGCAGCAGGCGUGGCAUGUCGUCAACGCCACGGACCCCCUCGAUGACUCGGACAAGGAAGAGGAUCAGCAUGUCCGUGUCGAACUGAACCGUCGACUUCGUGUUCUCGAGCGCUUGCGAGGCAAAGCGCCCACUCCGGAACCAGAAUUUCAGGGACACCGUCCGGUACCUCCCCCGCCCCCUGUGCUACCCCGCCCAAGCGGCGGCGGUGGUGGUGGCGGCGGCGGCCAGAGCGAACAGUCAUCUACCUCCACUGGCAGGCUGCAGCAGGUUCAAUCGUGGCGUUAA